CUACGGUUUGGUUCGCACUGGAGUAAAACUAGUUGGUCUCCUGGUGAUAAUACUGGUUGCUAUGGUGAAAAUAACAUUGCUAUCAAAAGUUCAACAAGUUAUCACAUCAGAUAGUCAAAAACUUAAUACAGAAAGAAAUGAAGAAAGUAAGGAACAGUCUAUUCAUAAAGAAUCAAAACCAAUGGGGCAUUUGGUCAGUGAUGGAUUACCUGGGACAAGUAACGUAGUGGAAUCAACAUUUCAUCUAUACCCCCAGGCUAAUCCACGUCUUGUGCUAUACAACAAAAUGCCUAAAUGUGGCUCUAACACAAUGGAGGUUUUCAUGAGAAUGCUCAGUAAUGAAAAUAAUUACACAAUGAUAAAGUCGCCCAUACAUGGUCAAAGACGUCUCGAUAAAGAAAACCUCGCAAAUUUUGUGAACUCAUUCGGGAACUAUUCAAAAGAGAAAUGUAUAUUUGAUCGACAUAUACAGUUUGUUAAUUUUCAGAAUUAUGGAUUCCAGCAACCAAUUUAUUUCAACUUAAUCAGGGAGCCAUUUGAACAAGCUUUAUCAAAGUACUAUUACCUACUUGAUAAGUCGUUACUUAUAAAAGAGAGGAACCAGACAUCCGUCAAACGUCAAACAUUCGAACAAUGUGUCAAGGAAAAUAUGAACAAUAAAGCUGUUCUGGAUGAAAAAUGCUCUCUGAUGGCUGGAGAAUACAUCGAGUGGUUCUGCGGUCAUGAGCCUGAAUGCUCUAACAUGGAAUACGGAAUUCCUAGGGCAAAACAAAACAUCGAAAAAUACCACAUGCUCAUUGGCUUAACUGAGGAGUACAAUCUCACUCUAAAGGCUAUGGAACACAUGCUGCCCUCUUUCUUCAGAGGUAUUGGAAAAAUGAAUCCGGAAAUAACCAGGGAAAACGCUGCGUCUAAGCCAAAACGGAGACCAUCUGAUGAGAUUAUUCAAUUCACUAAAAACCAUUUGAAGUAUAAGUAUGACAUGUACAAUUAUGUUAAACAGAUGUUUUAUGUGACAUUGGCAAAACUCAAUAUCACCCAGCACAAGGAUUACUAAUAUUGAGCAAAUAUGAGGUAAAUACAGGACUUUGCAAGUGUUUAUUGGAAUAUUCACUAUUUGAUUCUGGCACAUUAAAAAAGCAAUUCAAUUGAAUACAACCUAACCCUCUCACUAGAAUUAACUUAUUCCAUACAGAAAAGUUAUU